GCGAGCGCGGAGGCGGAACGUCCCCGCCCGGGUUCCGGUUUCCGCACACCAGCCGAGCCGCUUUGGGCGACGGCCCCGGGGACCCGGAGCGCUAUAGCGGACGGACUGUAGAGGUUGUCUGAAGGCCGAGGCCAAGAUGGCGGCGCUGGCGGCUCCCAGGCUGCUCCGCCCAGUCCUCGCUCUGCGCUCCCAUGUGGGUGCAGCUGCACAGGUGUGCAGUGUCCAUUCGAGUGUGGCCACAGACAGCCUGAGCAGCACUCAGCCUGUUGUGUCCCAGGCCGGAGCUGUGGUCCCCAAACCUGCCGCACUUCCCAGCAGCCGAGGCGAGUAUGUGGUGGCCAAGCUGGAUGACCUCAUCAACUGGGCCCGCCGGAGCUCCCUGUGGCCCAUGACCUUUGGCCUGGCCUGCUGCGCUGUGGAGAUGAUGCACAUGGCGGCUCCGCGCUAUGACAUGGACCGCUUCGGCGUGGUCUUCCGCGCCAGCCCGCGCCAGUCGGACGUGAUGAUUGUGGCCGGGACGCUCACCAACAAGAUGGCCCCGGCGCUCCGCAAGGUGGGCCCAGCCCCCUGCCUGCCCGCCUCCUCCCGCCACCCUGGCUGGAGCCGCGGGCAGACCCUCUGUCUCUUCCAGGUCUACGACCAGAUGCCCGAGCCCCGCUACGUCGUGUCCAUGGGGAGCUGCGCCAACGGAGGCGGUUACUACCACUACUCGUACUCCGUGGUGAGGGGCUGUGACCGCAUCGUGCCCGUGGACAUCUAUGUCCCAGACCUUCCCAAGGGUCCUCACCAGGGGCCAUCACGGCCUGGGGUCAGCAGGCCGCCUGCACAUGUCCUCAGUCCCAAGCUAAGUCACAUGGAGGGAUGGCUGUGGACAGGGCAGCCAGGGCCCCCCCGCCACCCACAUCUCAGCCGGGAGGCUGCCCGCCCACGGCCGAGGCCCUGCUUUACGGCAUCCUGCAGUUGCAGAGGAAGAUCAAGCGGGAGAAGAGGCUGCGGAUCUGGUACCGCAGGUAGCGCCACCGCUCCCCGCCUGUGCCCCUCUCCUCCGCCGCUGCCGCCGCCACUCCCCACCUGCACAUCUUCUGGGAAGGUGGCCAAUAAACCAGACAGACCCACUCCAGCCAGCAGCCUGCGCCACGUGCUGUGUGGGCUGGGAGCUGGCGGGGGACUGCCCGGGCCCUGUUAGCCUCACUCUCUCCUGUGUGUGGAGACACGGAGGCCCCAGGUGGAUGGUUGGGCUCAGCUGGGGGCCCACACUGGCCCCUCCUUGGACCUGCACUUGGCCUGGCCCCUGGCCCUGCCAUAAACACAGGGAGUGGAUGGGUCCCAGAGCUGGUCGGGGGGAAGCGGACAGCACUGGGGCGACCAGCUGGGCCGCAGGGUGUCCCUGCACUGGGGCCGGAGGGGCGUGGAGUCUGAGGAAGCGAGCGCCGUACAGCGGCAUCGCUGUGCCGGGCGAGGGACACUGCAUGCCCAGGGGUGGGCAGAGGAUGCUGCUGGGAGGGGUGCCAGGUUGAAAGGCUCUGCUUAAUUCUGUGGUUCAGCCUGACUGGGUGGGAUCAGAGGCCCUCCCUCCUGAGUGGCCCGAGUGUCUGGACGUUGGGGCUGCCACCCUCUGUGCAGUCCUGACCUAGUUCCACCUCCUCUCAGCACCCCAGUGCCCACCAGGGGGAGAAGGAGGGAAGGAUGAGAGUGUCUGUCCACUCCAGUGCACUCGUCCCUGCUGCAGGGGGCGGGUGGCAUCGGGGGGUGAUGGGCAGUGACCGCCACGGGCACCGGGUGGGAUCACAGGCAGGUUCAGUCUUCGGAGCGGGGCAACCACCAUCUCGCUGAAGGCCCACUUCUUACUUUUUGGAGGGACAGGGAGAGUAAGUGAGAGCACACUUCCUGGUCACGCUGCCGACUGGCCCAGCCCACUGUUAGUAUUUAUUUCACCCCCAAGACCCUGAGGGGAAGGUAGUCCCGUGGCAGAGGUUAGGGGAGCCUGCUGACGUGAGUCGACCAGGGCGGUGAGAGGCCAGAGCCCGCACCCCCAGCCAACAAAGGCACUGAGUAGGGGCUUGGGGGUUGGGGCUCCGUGAGCCGGUGGCCUAUGGGCUCAGUGCUUGGUGACGAGGGGCGUGAUCAUCUGCGGGAAGGCGUAGUAGCGGCAGUCAGGCGGCGGGACCAGCUCCAUGACCUGCGUACGGAUGUUCUCCUGCCUGAAGCCUGCCUCCAGCAGGGCAGGCACCUGGGUCUCCUGGCCAGAGGGAGGGGCCAAGUCACCUCCAGGGCCCUGGGCCUCAUGAGAUACCCUGUGACCCACCCUUCCUAGGGGGCAUCCUCUUAUCAGGCCUUUAUCCAUCACCAGGCAUCACCAGACUGCCCACCUGCACAUCCAGGCAGAGGGAAUUGAGUGGACAAAGGUGGCUGCAUUAAUGAGAUGCUCUGGGAUGCCGGUGGGCCUUCCAGCUGGGGUGCGGAGCCUGGGCUGACUCCCUAAUCCCAAGGGUACUGGGGAACCACUGAAGGUCCUUGAGCCAGGGAGGGACCUUGCUUGGUUUCUCAGGGGAGCCGAGGGACCCUCCCUGUCACAGAUGACUCCAGCUGCCUCCCCACCCAAAGCUCCCUGCGGUGGGGGUGGGGCAGGCCAGGGAGCAGUAGACUGUGGUACCUCGAACAUGAUGGUGAUGUCUGAGUACUUAGAUUUCAUCAGCUCCCCCCAGGAGGUGAGGUUGCAGUAGGUGAGGACACCCCCUGGCUUCAGUAGGCGGAAGGCAUGGUCCUGGGAGGGGGGAUAGUGGUCAAGAGGGAGGUCUGGGUGUGGGCAGAGGCAUCCCCAGUGGACCUGCUGGGUCCUGGCAGGUCAGGGGAACAGCAGAAGGAGAGGGGCCCUCUGUGUGGAUGACAGAUGCCCCCCCAGGCUGAUCCCCCACCCUGUGGCCUGCAGACCCCACCCCACCACCAGUGAUCCUACCCUAAUGAAGUUGAACUGGUGUGUGUGCCAGGUCUCCUCAGACAGCGGGUAUGUGUCAUACAGGAUCC